AUGGCGCAGCUACUUUAUGCCCGGAUUUGCCUUCGAGCAGUUCUAACCGAGGAUUUUAAGUUGAGCGCAACAAUAGGUCAAAAAAAGUUCUGCUUUGCUGCCUAUCUUACCGCCAUGCUGCCGCCGGAUAUCAGUCUCCGUUUCCCACGUUCUGCAUCAGCAUCAGGUAGGAGUCAGAAGCACCUGUCAUCUAUCGCCAUGGUGAACAGAGCUAGAGCGAAAAAAAUCAGAGUCAGCGUUCUUCUCUCGUCUCCAACUCCAAGUUCGGCAGCAACAAGGCAGUGUCCGGUUGUAAGCUCCUUGCCUGUUAUCGGGUCCACUUCUGGUUUCGAUCCAAGAUGUCCCCACUUUUUUGAAGAAGACGUAGUAGUUAUUGAUCAUUCUGUGCAGCCGAGUACCUCAGGAAGGAGUGUAGAAGUCGCAAGGAAUGCACUAACAUCAUCGAUGAGAUACAGCGAGAAGAAUAAGAGAAAUCGUCUUUUCGAUCCCCUCGCGUCCAUCUCAUCUCGGUUGCAGCGUCAAGAACAGGAAGACCUGGGUCGAUUAAGAUUCCCUAAGAAUGAGUUGGAGAGCAAAAAAACUCCGAAAGCCUCGGCAAUAAAAACUCCAGAAGUUUCGCCAAUAAUCACGAAGGAGCCCCAAAAGCAAUCGAAACCAAAAGAGGACAGAGCGGUAGUUAUUUGUGAGAGAUCUGAAGCUCCUAUAAUUUGCUCACGGAAACCUAUACUGUACGGGUCCUGCGACAGCCGUCCAUCUUCGUCUUCGCACAAAAGCGUUUCAGAAAAAAGUCUUGAUAUUGUAAUCCGUAGGGAUUUUAAGGAUCUUCGUGUAGUUAAUUCUUCCAAAAGAAAGAGAGUGGCUGCACCCAUAGAACGGCGUGAACAGGAUCCGUCGUCUCCACCGCACAUACACAAGUCAGAAACAUUAACAGUUAUAAUCCCUAAGAGAAGAUCUGUGGUAGCAAAACAGAACACGGAUUCUCUACGAUCAACGUUGAUUCAAAGAGAAAACACUGUUCCUUCAAAUAAUGUACCUACUACAUCGAGUAUGAAAGAUGUGACUACAGAUGGAGAGGUGAAAUGUCUAGAGGAAAACGUUCCAACUACUUUCUCAUCUUUGACCGAAGUACAGAAUGGUCAAAAGGAAGAUGACUACCCUGAGACUCCGGUUUCGAAUGGAGGUGUGGUGCAAGAUGUUGCAAAAGUGGAUGCUAAUCAAGAAGAGGAAAAGUCGACGAGCGAAGUCGUAGAAGAGGAUUGUUUAGUUAGUGACGAUGACUCCGAAGAUGUAGAAGAUGAGGCUUUCCUGGAUCCACCCGUUUUCAAAUCUACCAUCUCAGACGACACUAUCAUUCCAUUUUUUUCCGACAAAUACGUAUUUUCAAAUCAUUACCCUUGCCGAAGGCUAUUCAUUCAUGGACAACGGUUCUCUUCGACUGAGCAGUUUUACAUGUGGACGAAAGCCCGGUUCUGUAAAGACUUUAGCGCAGCAAACGCUAUUCUUUACUUAAAUGAUCCUAAAAUGAUCAAACAAGUCGGAAGCCAAUUAGAAAAUUUUGAUCAGCACAGGUGGAGAAAAUUCUCAUGGCGAGUAAUGAUGAAAGCGGUGAUGGCCAAGUUCAAACAAGAUCGGAAUAUGCGAUUUCAACUGUUUCGCACUGCAGGAUCUAUGUUAACUGAGGCUAACCCUCAUGACAAUUACUGGGGAAUUGGCCUCGCUAUCGAUGAUCCUAACGUAGCUAAUCCGUCGCGAUGGAAGGGCUGUAAUGUUAUGGGUGAAAUACUAAUGCAGAUUCGAGAUGUUCUGUUAGAAAAUCCCAAAUAUUCUGCGGAGGUGAAAAAUGCAAAGCAACACCUUCUGGGAUGUGUUUAA